UCUGAAAUGAGCUCUAAACUGAUACGUCUGUCUUCACACAUUAGGCGAAUACUUAUCUUUUGGUUUCUCACUUUUCUGCUACUGGACUUUAUUUGUGUAAGCAUACUGACACUUUUCCGAACUUCGUGCGUGCAACUGUGUUUUGUGGACAGUAAUGACCCUAAAUCUUGCCCAUAUUCAUAAUUUGCUCUCCGUUUUGUGUUUUCCGGAAAAGGGAAGUAGUUCCCUCUAUCCCAGUAUUGGCAUGGUCGUCUCUUUCAUCGCUCCGCUCCGCUAGAAGAAGGGCAAGUCUGAGGAAUGUUUCGAAAUCGAGCCUCCUAGCAGAUCCAAAGGAAGCGACACCUACAACAACCGUGACAAUCCUGGGCGACUGACGUUUCCUGGCCAACCCAGCCGGGAGAAAACCUUAUCAAGACGCAUGAGAUAAUGUGAAUCACUUGAAUUCCUCGGCUGCGCUUUUUUUGGGGGGAUCUACCAGACGGGAAAAAGAUGGCGAGCUUUUUGAUUAACAUGUCUCUUGCCUUAGCUCUGCUGGGCUUCCUAAUGUUCACAAGUGCUUCAGUCAGAGCAGAGCCCGGAGUGGAGGAAGAGGAAGAGGAAGAAAGGUCUUGUCAAGGCGCUUUCGACUUGUACUUUGUCCUGGACAAAUCUGGAAGUGUCAAAAACCACUGGAUUGAGAUAUACUCCUUUGUUGAACAUUUGGCAGAGAAGUUCAUUAGUCCCAUGCUGAGGAUGUCCUUCAUCGUGUUCUCAACCCGUGGGACGACAAUCAUGAAGCUGACCGAAAACAGGGAUGAAAUAAGGAAAGGCCUUAAUGCUCUCAGGAGAGAGAUACCUGGAGGAGACACGUUUAUGCAUUUAGGACUGGAAAGGGCAAAUGAACAAAUUUACCACGAAAAUUAUGGGACAGCUAGUGUUAUAAUUGCAUUGACGGAUGGAGAACUUAAUGAACAGCAAUUCUACCAUGCACAGCAAGAGGCUGAAAGAGCUCGAUCCUUUGGAGCCAUUGUCUAUUGCGUUGGAGUGAAGGAUUUCAAUGAGACACAGUUGGCCACCAUUGCUGAUACCAUAGAACACGUGUUUCCAGUGAUAGGAGGAUUCCAGGCUCUCAGAGGCAUGAUUGAUUCGAUCCUCAGGAAGUCCUGCAUUGAGAUUUUAGCAGCUGAGCCAUCAAGCGUGUGCGCCGGAGAGUCCUUUCAAGUCGUUGUGCGAGGGAAUGGGUUUUUACACGCCAGGAACACUGAACAAGUCUUGUGCAGCUUUAAAAUCAAUGACACCAUCACCAUAAAUGAGAAGCCCGCGGAUAUAACGGAUACAUAUUUACUCUGUCCAGCGCCAGUUAUAGACGAGGUUGGAAAAGUUGUUUAUCUGCAGGUCAGCAUGAAUGAGGGCUUGACCUUCAUCACCAGCUCUGUCCACAUUACCAGCACAGAAUGUUUUGACGGAACAAUUCUUUUGAUCACUCUUCUGGUCCUGUUCUUGUUAUUGGCACUUUUACUGAUGUGGUGGUUCUGGCCUCUGUGUUGCACUGUGGUGAUCAAAGAGCCGCCUCCACCCCCUCCUCCUGAGCCGGAGUCAGACGAUGAGGACGGGAUGCCUAAGAAGAAGUGGCCCACUGUUGACGCGUCGUACUAUGGAGGGCGAGGUGUCGGGGGAAUAAAAAGAAUGGAGGUUCGCUGGGGAGGGAAAGGGUCUACAGAAGAAGGAGCGAAACUAGAAAAACCCAAAAAUGCCGUCAUCAAAAUGCCAGAGCAAGAGUUUGAACCGUAUGAGCCCAGACCCAGGAAACAGGGCAGCAGGAGGCAGCCACAGCAGAGAAAGUGGUACACACCCAUCCAGGGUAAACUGGACGCUCUGUGGGCGCUGUUUCGUCGAGGCUACGAUCAGGUGUCCCUCAUGAGGCCCCAGCCUGGGGAUCAGGGGCGCUGCAUUAACUUCACCCGGGUGAAAGAAGAAGCGAACCGCGCCCCUCCCCGCGCUCCUCCGCGCACUCCCAGCCCCGACCGCCCGCCAAAGCUCAAAUCUGAUGACAAGAUCAGCCCCUGA